ACACAAUAAUUUACAUGAAAAAUUAAUCAUGUGCCUUACUAAAUUAUAGUAUGAAUUCUAUUAAAUUAAAAUUUAAAAAUAAAUAAUACUCUAUGAUAUGCCAGGGCCUGAUAUAAGAACUGAUGAAAAUGUUCAUGGCGAGAUGUCUACAACCCCCACGACAACUGUUCAUAGUGGAGUUGAAGCUAAAAUCGAAAGAAAAUUAACAGUUCUUGAAACACAUGGUUAUAUUUUGGGCAGAACCAUAGGCUCAGGAUCCUAUGCUACCGUCAAGGUAGCCAAUAGCGAUAGACACAAUUGUCAAGUGGCAAUAAAAAUAAUAAGCAAGUUUCAAGCACCUGGCGACUAUCUAAAGAAAUUUCUUCCCCGAGAGAUAGAAGUCGUAAAAGGACUGAAGCAUGAAAACUUAAUACGCUUCUUACAAGCAAUUGAAACCACUCAUAGAGUGUACAUUGUAAUGGAGUAUGCAGAAAAUGGCAGCCUUCUAGAUAUUAUUCGGAAAGACCAACAUAUCGAUGAGUCACGCGGUCGUCGUUGGUUCAAACAGCUCGUGGAGGCGGUAGACUAUUGUCAUGAGCGGGGUGUUGUUCAUCGGGACAUCAAAUGUGAAAAUCUUCUUAUGGAUAAUAGUUUGAAUAUCAAACUGUCUGAUUUUGGCUUCGCAAGAGGCCACAUGAAACCGAAGAACGGGGUUUAUGCGUUAAGCGAAACAUUUUGUGGGAGUUAUGCUUAUGCCUCACCAGAAAUACUGAAAGGCGUUCCUUAUAGACCCCAAGAUUCUGACAUUUGGAGUAUGGGCGUAGUUCUCUACGCGAUUGUGUAUGGUAGACUGCCCUUUGACGAUACUAACUAUACCCAACUCUUAAAGCAAGUCCAGAAUAAGGUGUCUUUUCCUCGCGAACCAAAAAUAUCGACGGAAUGUCGCAAGCUAAUCACAAAGAUUCUAGCUCCGCUGAAAUUACGAGCAAAAAUACCUCAAAUCCUAGCCGACCCUUGGCUUAGUCCACACCAGUCAUCGAAAGAAGAAGAGUUAGACGCCAAACCAGAUAAUGAAGCGAGUAAAGAGGAAAUAAAAAGUGUAAAUAUUGGAACAGUCACAUUCGACAGAAAAUUUGAAGAAGUGAAGUAACCAAUUAGGCAAUACCAAAUUAUAAAAAAUGUUUUUACUAAAAUAAACAGCACAAUAAACGACUU